AUGACUAUACUCACAGUUAAUAACCUGGUAUGGGACGACAAAAGAUUAGAUUGGACUAAUCCUUCGACUACAACAUUGAAUUAUUCCAGUGUUAAUUAUUUGUUCAGCAAUGAAGUGUAUGUUUGGAGACCGGCUAUCGUAAUCGAAAAUUCGGUUCGUAACUUGGGCGUUAUCAGCGACACGUCUAUUCCAAUGCGCAUAGUAAAAAAUGGACAAGUCGUCUGGAAUCCAUCAGGAGUUUUUGAAGUAAGUUGUGAUUCUGAUACAAGAUUCUAUCCCAUAGACACACAAGAAUGUACCAUAAAAGUAAGCUCCUGGGCAUACACUUCUACGGAGGUCGAAUUGUUUGUUGAAAGUGAUCCUGUAGACUUUAGUUUCUAUUCUGAAAAUGGCGAAUGGAGUCUCAUUUCUUCAUCCGGAAACAAAAUAAGCGACAGUUCCAGAGGAGGAAGUUCUUUUUCCAGCGUCAGCUUCAGUAUUAAACUACAGCGUCGUCCAAUGUUUCAUAUUAUAAAUACUCUUUUUCCAGUCGCAUUGUUGGCAGUGUUAAUAGCAAUGGUCUUUAAACUUCCGGUAGAUUCUGGUGAAAAGAAUGGAUUUGCUCUUACAGUUCUUCUUUCUUAUGCCGUGUACCUGACCUUAAUAUCAGACAACAUUCCGAGUACUUCAGUUUCAAUUUGUUAUCUCUCCUUAUAUUUAGCAUUUAUUUUGACGCUAGGAGCAAUAUCAGUAGUCUUAACUAUAAUUGUGCUACGUCUCCACUUUAAAACAGAAAACACAGUAAUACCAAAAUGGCUAAAGACAUUAACGAAAACAGUUUUAAGAAAAAUGGCUUUCAUGGCACCUUGUAGAAAGGAGUUUAAGGUGAAUGAUAUUCAGAACUUAAGUACUGCAGACAUCAUAAGUAUUGAUGACGUUCAAGGCUAUAAAAAUGAUCCAAUCAGAGUUAUGAAGAAGGAAAAUAUUACAUCAAUACCAGACACAACAGAAAAUGCGGAAUCCGAGUUAACAUGGCAAGAGUUGGCAAUAAUAAUGGACGCUGUUUUCUUUAAUAUAUAUAUUGCACUUAUCACCAUAACAACCAUACUGUUAUUUAUAACGUUUACUAUUCAUUAUAACAUUUAAGGCGAUUAAUACAGUAGUAUAAUAAUUCAUUGCUUACUAAGAAAAAUAAAUCAUGUGUUGGUUCCUGUAAAUAAA